AUGAAUUGCUUUCCUUGUUUUACCUCUCAAAAGAGUAAGAAAAGCAAUAGCAGGAGGGAAAAUGGGGUUGCACCACCUCAAGAAAAUAAUAACCUUAUAACCAGAACACCAGAUAUCAAGAAACCAAAGCCAGCUGAUGAUCCAAACCAAGUUGACACAUCAAAUAUUCAAGCACAAAAUUUCACAUUUCGCGAGUUAGCAAUCGCAACAAAGAAUUUUCGUCAAGAAUGUUUGAUGGGUGAAGGUGGUUUUGGUAGAGUUUACAAAGGAACAAUUCCUGCAACAGGACAGGUGGUAGCAGUGAAGCAACUUGAUCGAAAUGGGAUUCAAGGAAGUAAAGAAUUUCUGGUUGAGGUUUUGAUGUUGAGUCUCUUAAACCAUGAAAAUCUUGUCAAACUCACUGGUUAUUGUGCUGAUGGCGAUCAACGUCUUUUGGUCUAUGAAUUCAUGUCGGGGGGCUCUCUAGAAAGUUGUCUUCUUGAGCGAAAAAAUGAUCAAGAUCCAUUAGAUUGGUAUAGCAGAAUGAAAAUAGCAUCUAAUACUGCAAAAGGAUUGUGGUACUUGCACGACAAGGCAAAUCCUUCAAUUAUAUACAGGGACUUGAAAUCGUCGAACAUUUUGCUUGAUAAGGAUCUUAAUGCAAAACUAUCUGAUUACGGACUUGCCAAACUUGCUGGUAAAGAUAAGGCUAACAUUGUGCCUACAAGAGUCAUGGGUACUUAUGGUUAUAGCGCCCCUGAGUAUGUAAGAACAGGUAACCUCACCUUGAAAUCAGAUGUGUACAGUUUUGGAGUUGUCUUGCUAGAGCUCAUUACUGGAAGACGAGCCGUUGACACCACAAGAUCGCACGACGAGCAAAAUCUAGUUUCAUGGGCACAACCAAUAUUUAGAGAUCCUAAAAGAUAUGGAGAUAUGGCAGAUCCAAAUCUGAAUAAAAAUUAUCCAGAAAAGGAUCUGAAUCAAGUUGUUGCAAUUGCAGCCAUGUGCUUACAAGAGGAAUCAGCAGCGCGUCCUUUGAUGAGUGAUGUUGUAACUGCUUUGAGUUUUCUUUCCACUUCUCCUCCUCCAGAAGCUGUUCCUGCACCUCUUCCACCUCCCAAUUGUACCUCCCAAAAGAGUGUUGCCACUGCCGAUGAAAGUGAGAGCGAAGAUGAUAAUGACAGCCAUAGUUCCGAUGAAGAGCGUUCUGUUCAUGAGGAUAAAAAGUCUAUUACAGCAACUAGCGCAAAACACCAAGAAUAUGAUGAUGUCUCGGAUACUGAAGGUGAUUAUUAUGAUAAUGAAAACCAACAUGAUUAUAGUUCACAAGAUGCUAAAGAAACAAAGGAGUUCUACUCCAAGUCAAGCUGCAAAAGCAGCACCAAAUCAAGGAAGGGGACCGUUUCUUCUGGCCGAAGGAACAACUCCAGUUCAGAUUCAGAAAAUGACCACGAAAGCAGUAGGAGAAAGCAUGAAGUGGAUGGAAGUUUAACUCAGAAAAGCAGCAAAAAAUCUGCUGCAAGAGAUUUAAGCCAGAAGAGCAGUAAGAAAUCUACGGUAACAAAGGAUUUAAGCCAAAAGAGCAGUAAAAAAUCUUCUGCAAGAGUUGUAAGUCGAUCAUCUCAUAGCAGCAGCGAUGAGGAGUCACACGAUGGAGGUGUUCUUCUCAAGCGCGGUGACAGUAGGCCAUCACAUGAUGGAAAUGGAUAUUCCUUUGGCCUAGUGAGCAGUGAUAGCGAGGAAGGAUCACAUUUUGAUCGCACGAGCACGAGGGGGUCUGAGGAGGGAAGCUUUCACCAUUUCCAACAUUCCAGCAGCAGAAAAUCAGAUGAGGGAAGUGUUCAUUCACGAUAG